CCGGGCCUUGCUUUUGUGCUCCCUUUCACCCAACGUCUGUGGAUAAGAGUGCUCUCAAGGGUGUCCGAAGAGGGGAGGGAGCAUGCAAUCCAUUCGCGCGAUGCGUCCCUAAUCUCUCCACGCCCUCACCUUCCGGACCUGAAUACCCAUGAAAAACAGUAGCAAUGACUGAUUUCUGAUUUGGCAUUUGGGAUAAACGUGGUAGAUGCACAAAGCAAUAUGGCGACAUCUUGACCCGCAUACUGGAGGCCUUUCCCAGCAUACUGGAGGUCUUUCUUUAAUAUAAUUUUGCUUUUUUAAUGACAAGAUGAUUAUAUCAUGCAACAUUAGCUAUCUCAUCGGUAAUUCUUUUAUUUCUAUAGGGAGGGAUAUGUGCUGUAUAUUUCACUGUUAUUGUUUGGAUUUUAUAGUUAGCUGAACUUCUCUCCCUCUGAACUCUUGUCCUGAGAAAUCGAUGUGGUAAUUCACAAUGCUCUCUCGUUCAUGUGAGUGUUCAUGCACAAAUUUACCACAUGAAUCCCAGUCCAUGUCAGCUUUCUUUAUAUCAAUGCCUCAUUUAUUUUACAACUACAAUUUCGUUAAUUGUUUAUCCAUGAAUGUUUUUCUUCGUUGUUCUCAUCAACUUCUCGUGUUUUAAAUUUGUCUUAUGAGGAAUUCAUAUGCUGAAGAAAAAUCCCCCCAAACUUUUAUGCUAAUUUUUUAUUGCACUGAUUUGUUUCUUAACUUUUUCCUACACCAGAGCUUCAAAGUAUGGAAGAAGCAGCAGCAACAAUUAUGCAUUACCCUUCUCAGUGCAUUUCACUGUUGAAGGUUAACAAGCCCACUGGAAUUCUCAAUGAGGCAUAAAAUCCCAUCUACUAGAGAAUAUGAUAAUAUUGUCUGUUUUUAUGUGGAUGACAUGGGAAAUACACUUGUUGAAGAAUUCUAUGUGGUGGCAGUGGUAAGGUGGUGCAUUGAGCUGGGGCUUCUCUGACAGUCUGGAACGAAAUUUCUCAUAAAAGCUCCAUGUCAUUUUCAAUUUUCAAUUACCAUCUUUAUAGUGUUAUUGAUGGUCACAUCAUAACUAAUGUCUUGGAUAUUUAUCACUUAUGUAGCCACAUAGCUGCUUUUUGGUGAAAACCUCACCUUUAUUUUUACAAUUUCCCUAAAUUUACAAAAAAUCCAUAUAUAGCAUGAACUCAUUAUGAAUAUUUAGCUUCCGUAGACCAAGGUGCUUAAAGAAGGUCGACUGCAAGCUUCAUGGCAGAAUAUGAUAUGCGGUUGGCCCAACUAGACUUUGCAGCUAAGGACCUAGGAAGAAAAAGUAUGGGCCAAGAAGACACUGUUCAAGGCUUAUCUGCAAAGGUAGAAUGCAAUGGAUUAAAGCCUGACUCAAUAUUCUUCAAUGCUAUUAUUAAUGCAUUUUCGGAAGCUGGCAAGAUCAAAGAAGCUAUCAAAAUCUUCUGGAAGAUGAAGGAAAGCGGAUGUCGACCAACAACCAGCACUUUUAACACUCUCAUUAAAGGGUAUGGUAUUGUGGGUAAGCCUGAAGAAUCACAAAAUCUUUUCCAUAUGAUGUCCCUUGAAGACAAUGCAAGGCCAAGUCAGAAGACAUACAAUAUACUCAUCAAAGCAUGGUGUGAUCAGCAAAAUCUUACAGAAGCUUGGAAUGUUGUAUAUAAGAUGCGUGCUGCUGGCCUGCAACCUGACGUUGUCACAUACAACACUAUUGCAAGAGCUUAUGCCAAAAAUGGAGAUACAAAGAGAGCCGAGGAGCUUAUUUUAGAGAUGCAGGCCAACCUGCGCCCUAAUGAACGCACUUGGGCCAUUAUCAUAGGUGGGUAUUGCAAAGAAGGCAAUAUGAAGGACGCAUUAAGGUGUGUGCAUCAAAUGAGGGAUGCUGGGGUGUUACCAAACAUUAUUGUUUUCAACACUUUGAUCAAGGGAUUUCUAGACGCAGAGGACAUGUCUGGGGUGGAUGAAGUUCUGACAUUGAUGGAAGGACUGGGUGUCAGGCCAGAUAUUGUAACAUACAGCCACCAAAUGAAUGCAUGGGGUGCAAUGGGGCUCAUGGCCAAAUGCAUGGAGAUUUUUGAUCGGAUGGUGGAGGCAGGUGUGAAAGCAGAUGCUCAAGUAUAUAGCAUUCUUGCGAAAGGGUAUGUUCGUGCACGAGAACCUGAGAAAGCUGAGGCCCUUCUGGCGACAAUGGAGGAAAUGGGGAUCCGUCCGAAUGUCGUAACCUUUACGACAAUUAUCAGCGGGUGGUGCAGCGCUGCCAACAUGGAGAAUGCAAUGAAAGUCUAUACAAAAAUGCAUGAAUCUGGCGUAUCUCCCAAUAUAAAGACCUUUGACACGCUUAUAUGGGGAUAUGGCGAAGUAAAACAACCAUGGAAAGCAGAAGAACUGCUUCAGAUGAUGAGAGAAGCGGGAGUCAUGCCCAAAAAGAAUAGCAUCCGCCUUGUGGCUGAAGCCUGGAGAGCUGUUGGCCUGCAUGAUGAGGCCAGCAGAAUAUUGGGUUCUUUAAACGAUCGAGAAGCAAGCUCUGAACCACGGGAUGCAGCUGAUAAUGCGAUGGAUAGCCUGGAAGGACUUCAUCAAGGACAAGCUUCAGGUGCAUCAUUCUCCAACCCACUUCAGGUGCCGAGUGCCCUUUCUAAUUGUGGACAGGUUGCUGGGACCAGUGGGAGCAGAAUGGUGUUGCAAGAUGCCGAGCUUCCAUCUGAUAGCCUGAAGGCUGCUACGAAGUUCAUAUUAUUUGGUCGGUCAUUUAAAUUUGCAGUGAGGUCCCCAAUUUUUUGCAGGAAGCAGUCCCAGAUGCAGCUUGGGAUCUAUGGACAGUUUCUCAAUUCAUGCAAGGUGCUAUUCCUCAACUGACGGAAGGGCAGUUUGUGCUCUGCAGAACAUUACGGGUAUGUUAAGGAUGUUAAGACAUUGUCAAGCAGAGAUUUCUUGAUCUGUUUUCUUCUUAGCCUGUUGAGUACGUCAAAUUGUAUCAUGUUCUUACAGUGCUUGCAUGUACCAAAAAAAAACAAAAAAGGGCAAAAGGUUCUCUAUUUUAUAUAUAAGUUAUAUUACCUGGCA